UCACCUGUAACAAGAUGUGUUUCUUGCUGACUCAUUGAGUUUUAGUUGGGAUUGGUUAGUAGUACACAAUGCUGGUUUCAAAAAGUUUCUCAAUUAAAUCGCCAAAUCCAACCUUUCUCAAGUCUAAAAAUUCGAACUACUUCACACCCAACACAAUAAACAGUCACUGACGAAAAACAAACUAACCUCAGUUUCUCCGCCUUCUUCUUCUCUCUCAUCUCCCACAUCAAUAAAACUAUCUCUCUCAUCUUUUCUCACAUUACUCUCUUCUUUCUUUCUCAUUCUGAAUCUCCCGAGUAGAAGAAAAUGGCGACGAUUUUACAAGGAAUUGGAACCACAACUUCAUUAUCUUCCACUUCUUUGGAUUCCAAAAGAUUUGAGUCUUCUUCAGGAAAGGUUUUGGGAGGUAUCAGAUCUGAUUCAAGAGACAUUUCUUUUGGAUCAUCUAAUAAUAACAAAGCUCGUAAAUUAGUAGCUACUAAUGCACUUACAAGUUUAAAGAGCUCACAAUGUGGCUUCAUGGUUGGAAGUGGGGCGAUUCUUAGUCAGAAAGUACAAGCCAGUCAUUUAAGCAGAAAGUCAAGAAGACGUGCAGGAGCAUUGAGUGUGACAUGUCGCGGUGAAAAGAUUCUUGUGGCAAAUAGAGGUGAAAUUGCUGUUCGUGUCAUUCGAACUGCUCAUGAAAUGGGCAUACCAUGUGUUGCAGUUUAUUCAACGAUAGACAAAGAUGCACUGCACGUCAAGCUUGCAGACGAGGCUGUUUGCAUUGGAGAAGCACCUAGUAACCAAUCGUAUUUGGUGAUCCCAAAUGUUCUCUCUGCAGCUAUAAGCCGUGGAUGUACCAUGCUGCAUCCUGGAUAUGGAUUCCUUGCUGAGAAUGCUGUUUUUGUGGAAAUGUGCAGAGAACACGGAAUCAACUUUAUUGGACCUAAUCCGGACAGCAUUCGUGUUAUGGGUGACAAAUCUACUGCCAGAGAAACAAUGAAGAAAGCUGGUGUUCCAACUGUGCCUGGAAGUGAUGGAUUGUUACAGAGCACAGAGGAGGGAAUCAGACUUGCUCAUGAAAUUGGUUUUCCUGUGAUGAUCAAGGCAACUGCUGGUGGUGGUGGACGUGGUAUGCGUCUCGCAAAAGAACCCGAGGAGUUUGUCAAGUUAUUACAGCAAGCAAAAAGUGAAGCUGGUGCAGCAUUUGGAAAUGAUGGAGUUUAUUUGGAGAAGUAUGUUCAAAAUCCACGACACAUAGAGUUCCAGGUUCUUGCGGAUAUGUUCGGUAACGUUGUUCACUUCGGGGAGCGUGAUUGCAGCAUUCAGCGAAGGAAUCAAAAGCUAUUAGAAGAAGCCCCAUCACCGGCGUUGACCCCAGAGCUUAGAAAAGCCAUGGGUGACGCAGCUGUUGCAGCUGCUGCUUCUAUAGGUUACAUUGGUGUUGGAACUGUUGAAUUCUUGCUGGACGAAAGAGGUGAUUUCUACUUCAUGGAAAUGAACACUAGAAUCCAGGUGGAGCAUCCUGUGACAGAAAUGAUUUCUUCUGUUGAUUUGAUUGAGGAACAAAUCCGUGUGGCCAUGGGAGAGAAACUCCGUUACACACAGGAAGAGAUUGUACUCAGAGGACAUUCAAUAGAAUGCCGUAUUAAUGCUGAAGAUGCAUUUAAAGGAUUCAGACCAGGACCUGGCAGGAUAACAGCAUACUUGCCAUCUGGAGGGCCAUUCGUGAGAAUGGAUAGCCAUGUCUAUCCUGAUUAUGUGGUUCCCCCGAGCUAUGACUCCUUACUCGGAAAGCUUAUUGUUUGGGCUCCAACUAGGGAGAGGGCCAUUGAACGUAUGAAGAGGGCUCUCAAUGACACUAUUAUUACAGGGGUUCCUACAACCAUCGAAUAUCACAAACUAAUAUUGGAGAUUGAGGACUUUAAAAAUGGCAAAGUUGAUACCGCAUUCAUACCAAAGCAUGAAGAAGAGUUGGCCGCUCCACAACAAAAACUGGUGCUGUCAAUGCAGCCAAAAGAGGCAGUGAACACAACUUCCUAGAGAAAUAUUUGCCGAUCCCAACUUGAUUGUCACCUACAUAUUUGGCGGCCACAGUUUUCCCCGUGAGAUUUCUCCUUGAUUUCAUGAAAGAGUUAAAUUAUGUCUGUCCCCUCAUUUGUUCUUGGUUUAAGUACUUCUCUUCUUUAUUUUUGUUAGUUUGUUGUUAUUAUUAUUUUAGGAGAUGUAAUUUAAGAACAAUAAGCAGUAUUGGUAUUUACUCCAGAGAUUUCAUUGCAAACAAUUUGAUUUGAAGUCUAGCAAAAGAUGAAGACCCUCCUAAUUAGAUUUCGUCAUUCAA